AUGAUAAACAUGAGCAUGAUUAGAGUUUCACCUAAGACUCUCAGACAAAGAAUACAAGUGAUCGACGUACCAGGGUUGAAAUCUGGUGACAUAAAGGUUCACGUGGAAGAUUAUGACGUGCUUGUGAUAAGUGGUGAAAGAAAGAUGAAAGGAGAUAAAGAAGGUGCAAAGUAUUUGAGAAUCGAGACAAUGGUUGGAAAAUACAUGCACAAGUUUGUUCUUCUUGAAAAUGCUAAUAUAAAUGUUGUUUCGGCUGUGUGCCAAGGUGGAGUGUUGAGCGUUACUGUUGAGACAUUACCUCCUUCUCAACCUAAGAAACUUAACACUAUUGAGGUUUAA